CUCAGACAGGUUCAAUAACUUGUCUACCACCUGGCUCUAUGUGCUCUUUUCUUACCCAAGAAAAAGAGUGAGAGGAAAUAUUGGGCUUAUCUUUAGGGGCUUCAGAUGUGACUUGAACAUGAAGACUCUUAUUAAAAUAGUCUCCUGCUUUCUGACCAUCUCACAGCUCACUAAUGGAUCGACGUUUCAGGGAAAUCGAGCAGACACUGAGCCUGAAGCCAGGAUGAAGAUGCGAUAUGAACCUAAAUCAGUCUUCAGGGUUUACACUGAUGGAGAAUACACAGAGGAGGAUACAUGUGCACUGGAGCUCUUCCAGCCUCACACACUGGACGCCUGUGGCUUUAACAGCAGCCAUCCUCUGGCUAUCAUCAUUCAUGGCUGGUCGGUAGACGGAAUGAUGGAGAGAUGGAUUUCUCAGUUGGCAUCUGCACUGAAGAGCUCAGAGGGAAGCAUCAAUGUGCUGAUUGCAGAUUGGCUGACUCUGGCACACCAGCACUAUCCUAUAGCAGCGCAGAACACACGAAUAGUGGGACAGGACAUUGCUCACCUGCUGAGGUGGCUAGAGGAUUUCAAACAAUUUCCUCUGGGAAAAGUUCAUUUGAUCGGCUACAGUCUUGGAGCUCAUAUAUCUGGAUUUGCUGGAAGUAACCUAGCUAUGUCUGGGAGAACCCUGGGAAGAAUUACUGGUUUGGAUCCUGCUGGUCCGAUGUUUGAGGGAAUGUCUCACACUGACAGGCUCUCACCCGAAGAUGCUAGGUUUGUGGAUGCCAUCCACACAUUUACCCUGCAGCGCAUGGGACUCAGUGUGGGCAUCAAACAGCCUGUGGCCCACUUUGAUUUCUACCCCAAUGGAGGAUCAUCUCAACCCGGAUGCCAGCUGCGCGUGCAGAACAUUUAUGCACAUUUAGCUCAGCACGGGAUUAUGGGAUUUGAGCAGACAGUCAAGUGUGCCCAUGAGCGUGCCGUGCAUCUCUUCAUUGACUCCCUGUUGAACAAAGACAAGCAGAUAAUGGCCUACAAGUGCAGCGACAACACCGCUUUCAAUAAAGGCAACUGUCUGGACUGCCGAAAGAAUCGCUGCAACACUUUGGGUUAUGACAUCAAGAAAGUGCGCACUGGCAAAAGCAAGAGGCUGUUUCUCAAAACCCGUUCGCACAUGCCAUACAAAUUGUUCCACUAUCAGUUCAGGAUCCAGUUCAUCAACCAGACUGAUAAGAUCGACCCCACACUCACAGUCUCUCUAACCGGCACAUUGGGAGAAAGUGAAAAUCUCCCCAUAACACUAGUCGAGGAGAUUUCAGGUAACAAGACCUUCACGUUCCUCAUCACUCUGGACACAGACAUCGGUGACCUGAUGAUAAUGCGCUUCUUGUGGGAAGGAAACCCGGUGUGGGCGAACAUGUGGAACACAGUUAGGACCAUCAUUCCCUGGGGCAAAAAGAGCAAAGGACCGCAGCUUACUUUUGGGAAGAUUACAGUGAAAUCUGGAGAGAGCCAGAGGAAAACCACGUUUUGUCCUCAGACAGACGAAGGCAUGAGCAUCGAGCCGUUGCAGGAGAAGGUGUUCGUGCGCUGUGAAAAGCAGAAACCGAGGGAGAUAAAACACACUCACCUCAGACACUUUCACAUCCAGUCGGACUUGCCUUUUUGGAUGGGGGACAGCUGAACUUCCUGUAAUAUAACCUAUAUGCCUCGUGUUUUAACUUUUGUAUUGUUUGAGAAAUUAAAGAAUGGUCAAGUGUAUAAGAAUACUUGUUAAACAUGCUAAAUAAGACGAUAAUAACUUUUACACCACAUCGAUUCAAAUUCCCGCCUCAAAUGUAAAUACUCUUUUUGAUUGGCUAAAAAGGUUAUCCGCUAUCUUUUGGGAGGUGGGGGUCCGUCCCAAGCCUUUUUUCAUGUUCCCUUCAGUAAUAUCAGGUUUUUGCUUUGUUUUUUGAAAACAAUUUAAUCUUAGACUGUAAAAAUAUAUAAUAAAUCCACGUCAAUCCGAUACCCACCCAUAAGAUAAUAUAUGUUAAAUUUAAACUUGAACAAAGUCAAACGUUGACCCCUAGCUGGGGGACAGUUGCAGCAUUCAUAAAAGCACAAGAUUGGAAUUUAUUUUGUUUCUAAACAGACGAAAAGUUGGUUUAAAUGUUAAAUUAUAAGCCAUAUAAAGUCUUAUGAAAGAAGAAGUAUAAACCACGUUUUGGGGACUACAAAACACUUGAACAAAAAAAAUGUAUACUCAAAAUCUAGACCGGACCUUUACUAACCUACUUCUUUGAACUUUGAAAUGUAUUAACUAAUCAAAGAAUUAUUUUUAAACAAAAUUAUAGUGAAACUGUAAUAUUGAUUAAUUGUUAAAAUGUUAAUUUAACAUUAAUUUACAUUAAUGUGAGAAGGGUUUACUCUGUCAGCCAUGAUCAAACGUGCUAUGCUUGUUACUUAUUUGGAGCUAAAAAAAACUGAUUUAAAAUAUAUAAAUGAAUGCUAGACAAAAAACAGUUUAGACGGUACACAAUUUUUUAGCAAUCAUCCACAUUCUACCUUGCUCUGUAUGAUAUACAUUCGCCAUGUUGUCAUUAACAUUUUAUCUGCAGUCACUUACCUUGCCCUACAUCACCCUUGGCCUCAUGGGACAGUACAUUUUCUAUGUGAGUAUUGCUAAUUCAGACAUGAUGUCACUUUUAGGUCAAAAUUGCAUACGUUUCGUGCAUGUUCUGUUAUUAAGUUCUUCUCUAAAUGUGUUUAGCACAUGAACGAAUGCAUGUUAUCAUUGUCAACAUGUGAUCUCAGUUAUACUGCUUCACUGCCAUUUUCACAUUCUCUCCUUUGGACUUCUGAAUCUCACUUGAAGAAAUAUGUGAUAUUAGGAUUUCUUUCCUUCUUUUGUAUGAGUACUGUUAAUUUUGACACUUUUCCCCCUGUUACAUAGAUGUAACUUUCAACGCAACCACUAGAGAAUAGAAUAGUCCAAAUUGCUGUACUUUAAUUCUUUUGCAGUCAAAUUCAUCAAAUCCCGCAAAAGACAAUUUGCUAACAACUUUUUUUACGCAAUGAAAGUCAAUGGUUUCUGGUUUCCACAUUCUUCACAUCUUCUUUUGUGUUAGCCAGAAGAAAUAAACUCAAAGAUUUAUAAGCACAUGAA